CCGGGCAGCCGCGGAUUGCCGGGGAAUGGGUCGUUUUGGCUUCUAGAAGGGAAUGGGAGGAGGAUCGGAUGCAGUAUACCCUGCCAUGAUGACACCUAAAGCCGAUCGACAUCGACCGAACCGACAUUGGGAAACGGGUCAAGGAUUCGGGUUUAAGGAUGGAGGCUGGAGCGAUGAGGAGGAAGGGUGGGGCUUCGACAAUCAGGCAUGGCAGAAACCGCAGCACGGGAGUCGUCGGGAUCCUCAACAAGGCGGUCACGGCUUAGGCAGGUAUGAUGGUUACAACUCUGUGUAUGAAGGAGAUGAUGAGCUGAUGUUUAGAGCUAAGCCUCCGACCAUUGAGUUUCCAAAAUUCAAUGUCCAAGAGGAUGCAAGGUUGUGGAUUUAUGUGGCAGAAAGGUGGUUUAAGAAUCACCCUACCUGAGAGGAGAGAAAGGCGCAGCUGGCGUCUUUCUACUUGGAGGGUGAUGCGCUCCAGUGGUGGGAAUGGAUGGAGCUGUAGUAAAAGUUUGGGAAGUCU